UCGUGGAGAAAAAAAUAAAUCAAAUAUCUAAUUGUGAAAUUACCAAAUUAACUCCUUUUCUCUCAACGAUCAUGUCCUCUGAACUCAGGUAUACUGCCAACACGCAAUUGGAGCAUUUACACGCUCGUUACACAGGAACUGGUCACGCAGACUUGACGAAAUAUGACUGGGUCACACAUCAACACAGAGAUACGCUGUCUUCUAUUGUAGGACACCCGUCUUUGCUUUCGUAUCUGGCACUUGCAGACGGAGAAGCUAUCGGCCGAACGAAGUUCGAGAUGACAGAACGAAUGCUCCAGCCCUGCGGGCCCCCUCCCAAGAAAGACGAAGAUUGAACUUUCUGCGGUGCCCCUUUUGUCGUUCCUCCGUCAGGUACAGGGAUUGUAUUCAUGCGGAGUCCCUUUCCGUCACAGGUUACCUAUCCUUCGUUGGUGCUUACGAUCUGACGACGUUCUA